AUAUAGCAUAAGUAAAAACAAAGGCGCACUUAUUUGAGAAAUUACUAACAAUCAUAUUAGCUGCUACUCAUGCAUGAGGGGUCAACACACAAUAAUUAGCGUCUGUUCAUUAAUUGAAUUAAGAUUAAAUUAAUUAUUAUUAUUGUCCUCUUCUCUGUCUCUCAAAUUAAAGGGCGGUGGUGCGUGGUAGCAUGACGUGGCGGUGGCCGCCGCGGUAAAAGAAAUAAAGAUAAAGGAAGAAAGGCGCGUGGAGGCGAAAUUAAAAUGCAUGCGAGUAUGCAAGAUGUAGCAGGGGGAGGAGGAAGUAGUAGUAGGAAUGGGAAUCAAACACGGAAGGUGAUGGUUGUGGCUGAUCCAACGAGGGAAUCGGCGGCUGCGCUCCAAUACGCGCUGUCUCACGCGGUGGUGGAUCACGACGAGUUGAUCCUCUUGCAUGUUGAGAACCCUAAUUCGUGGCGCAAUACACUCUCAACCAUCCUCAAGAUGCCUUCAUUAGGGAGUACCACCACUGCCUCUUUGGACGUCGGAGGUGGCGGUGCAGCGGCGGAGGGCGAAGGUGGUGCUGUGGAUUUUCUCGAGGAGAUGAAGCACGCUUGUAAGGCAGCUCAGCCUAAGGUUAAUGUGCGCGUGAUGAAGGUGGAGAUGGAUAAAGAUAGAGGUACCACAAUCCUCUCCCAAAGCAAAACGCAAAAGGUUGAUGUCAUAGUUAUAGGCCAAAAGCGCAAUAUUACUUCAGCACUGUUAGGAUAUAGGAGAUCAGGGGGAGGGUCGUCAAUGAUGAAGGGAGGAAGAAUAUUAGACACAGCAGAGUAUUUGAUCCAAAACAGCACUUGCACUUGUGUCGCUGUGCAAAGAAAAGGACAGCAAGGAGGCUAUGUUCUCAACACUAAAACCCAGAGAAAUUUCUGGCUCUUAGCCUAACAAAACCCUGCUUUUUUUUUUCUUUUUAAUUUCGCAUCACAUUGUUAUUAUUAUGACUUUGUUACGUUGUUCAUCAUCGCAGGACAUAUCAAUUUCAUAACUGAUGAUAGAUUAUUUUACUAUUUUUUUCUGUAGUUUGCACCAAGUUCAUAUGCUUAUAUAUAAAAUGUAGCAUUUUUUUUUUCUAGAAACCCAGCAAAACACAACGAGUCAAUCAAUAUGAGAGAGACGGAGGUAAUAAACUAUCCCAUUACCUUUAGAAGGCUUACCAUGUAAUAAUAAUCUAUCCCCAUCAAUAAUUAAUAGCUUCCCCCGCAGUCUUAUCUCCACUCUCAAAAGGAAUAUAAUCAAGCUUUCUACAU